CGCCCGCAGCGGCCGAACCGCCAUCACCGGCCGGUCCCGGGAUGCGCCUCAGCCUCCCGGCCGGCUCCUUCCGGCGCGGGUCCUCCACUCCGGCCCGGCAUAGCGCCCCCUGCCGCGGCGGAGGGCGGCUCAGCGUGCCCGCCCCCAGCACGCCCCUGGGGCCAGCGGGGCCGCUCGGCGAUGGCGGCGGUGGCGGCGGUCAGGGGCGCGGCCCACGGGCACGGCGAGAGUGGCGGCGGCCGCGGCGGUGGCUUCUUGGGGCCGCGGGUGCCGGCCGAAGUGGAGGCCAUGGCCCGGGCCGUGCAGGACAUGGGCAAGGAGACCUUCCGGCGGCUCCUCAGAGUCACUGUUAAUGCAUUGGAAGGAAAAGACUGCAAAGAAUCUGUCAAGCUCAUUGCAGAAAGCACUAAUCUCUCAGAAGAGCAACUUGCUUUCCUCAUCUCUGGCAUGUAUACCCUGCUGCGGGAGGCGUUGAGACUCCCCUUAUCAACUUUCAAACAAGAAGUUUUUAAGGAAGACCUAAAGGAGCUCAGGAUACCAGAAGAUUUCAUUGUGGACUUUUCCAGUAUAGUCUUUGGAAACAGGCGUCCUGCUUCCGAAGGCACAGCUCUGAUACAAGGAAGUAGGCUGCCAAGUGUCCAGGACUUCAGAUGGAGAGUGGACGUAGCUAUAUCCACAAGUUCACUGGCCCGUGCACUUCAACCAUCCAUUCUAAUGAUGCUGAAGCUUUCAGAUGGGACAGCGCAUCGUUUUGAAGUGCCAGUUGCAAAGUUUCAAGAACUGAGAUACAACGUUGCCCUUAUACUGAAGGAAAUGAAUGACUUGGAGAAAAGGAGCGUACUGAAGAUCCAGGACUGAACGCUUUGAAACUGGGAGUUUAUAGAAUGGAUCUGAAAACACCCUCAGCGUGUUUGGUGAAUGGCAAAGCAGGGGACAGUCACCAUUUUGCCUCUCCAAACUUUAACGUGGCGUUUAUGGCCAUUUAUGGCGUUUAUGAUGUCUGAUGUAAAUAUGUUUUCAUUUCAAGUGUUAAAAGCACAAGCUCUUUUCGUAAGACUUACUUAGGAAAAAACCAAAAACAAAUCUAUGAAAAAGCAUAACGCUGUUUGUGAGAAUUAUUGCAUGAUUCAUCAAAACAUUUUUUAAAUAAGUGUCUUAAUAGAUGUAAGAGUCAUUUAUUUCUGAUUAUGAUUCAUCACUCUAAUUAUUUUUGAAAGCUUGCUACCGGAAGCCCUGUCAGUGUGUAUCAGAAGAAAGCUCUGCAGUAUCUCAAAUAAAAAACACAACAACAAAAACCAACCACUCCUGUGCUCUCGUGUGACAAAUGUGAACUGGAGUUUUGCGUAAGUAAAAGUGCUUCUGGCUUCUCACUGACUGCAUUAUGGCUGCACGUAUUUAAAGGGUAAUUUUGAAGAAAAUUGGAAGUCUGUGGAUCAAAAAAGUUGAGCUUCCAGAACUAAUUCCAUGGAGUUGCACAAGUGGAAAGGUACAAUGUAAGUCUUCAUCUGGUUGAUCAGAAUAGGCUAAUUAGCAGUAAUCUCAUAUAUUUCUAACUGGAAAGGCCUGCUUCUUGUUUCCUGUAUUCCCCAUAUGUUCGAUGUGAACAGAAUCAUCUGAAUUACUGGGCAGAAACCCCUGGCACUGCGAUGAUAGCAAAUGGCAGGAGGCAGUGAUCUUGUAGAUCACUAUAUACUCAUUAAUAGUGCAAGUCAGACCCUGAGAUGAAGAGGCUGAGUACAGCCUCUGGGAGGAAAGUCAUGGGUGUGAGAAUAACAGGCCAAGGAAACAGUUAAGCAUAGGCUGAAGUUCCUUGAAUUGCUCAGGCAGUUGGACUGGAUGAUCAAUGUAGGUCCCUCCCAACUGAAAUAAAAAUUCGAUUUGCCUCAUGAGUAAACCUUGGAAGAAGUCCCUAAACUUGAAGCAUAUGUUCUAAUUCUCAUUUAAAUGCCAUGGGACCACAAGUAUGUCCCUAAGAAUCAUAGAAUAGUAAGGGUUGUAAAGGACCUUAAGAUCAUCUAGUUCCAACUCCCCUGCCAUGGGCAGGGACACCUCGCACUAAACUAUGUGGUCCAAGGCUCUGUCCAGCCUGGCCUUGAACACCGCCAGGGAUGGAGCAUCCACAACCUCCCUGGGCAACCCAUUCCAGUGCCUCACCACCCUCACUGUAAAGAACUUCUUCCUUAUAUCUAAUCUAGACUUCCACUGUUUAAGUUUGAACCCAUUACCCCUUGUCCUACCACUACAGUCCCUAAGGAAGAGUCCCUCUCCAGCAUCCUUAUAGGCCCCCUUCAGAUACUGGAAGGCUGCUCUGAGGUCUCCACGCAGCCUUCUCUUCUCCAGGCUGAACAGCCCCAACUUUCUCAGCCUGUCUUCAUACAGGAUGUGCUCCAGCCCCCUUAUCAUCCUCGUGGCCCUCCUCUGGGCUCGCUCCAACAGCUCCAUGUCCUUCUUAUGUUGAGGACACCAGAACUGUACAUGGGACUGCAUUCCUCAGUCAUUGCCUGAGCAAGUUUUCCCUCAGCAGCAAAGAUACGGAGGCUGUGAGCAAUGGCCCAAUUGCUCAGAUUGCACAGGCCAUGGGCUCUAGAACUAUUGGAUUUAUCUGGCUACCAAAAGUAGUUUAGAAAACAUGUGCCAUGACCAGUGUUGGCACUGGCUCAUUCUAGCUGCCCUUAUGGGUUUUACAUCAGUAGUACCACCCAUACUUCUCCCUCUUGGUUUUUGUGACUGUAGAACUUGUCUUUAUCUCCCUUACUUCCCGCAGAAAACUACUGAAAUUAAAACCAUGGAUUAGAGGGCCUUUUACACUCCCACAGAUGUUUGUGUAGGAAAGGAUGACUUGGCUCUUGGAUUUUAAGAAUCACAACAGGUGUAAAACGACUUCAUUGCCGUACUUUUUAAAAGAACUUCUUCGACAGCAGUCUGCACUAAUACAAGGACAGCUCAAUAGCUAUGGUCCAGAAAGCUUUUAAAACCUCUGCAAGAAUGCGUCCUGUAGUUUCAAAUAAACCUGUCAGCCUUUAUUUCAAA